AUCUGAUUGAAUUGUCAAAUCAAGAUGGUUGUCUGCCAGAGCAGGGAACGUCUAUUGAUGUAAUAUUUUUAAUACAAAUGUAUAAUUUAUAGUAUUUUAUUUACUUAUCGUUUAUUGUUUAUUGAGCUGUGAGUUAUAAGUGCUUUAAAAUGUCAGGGGAACGUGAAAUUGCCGCUGAGGAUAGUAUUAAGGUUGUGUGUAGGUUUCGACCCUUAAAUGAUUCAGAGGAAAAGGCUGGGUCGAAAUUCAUUGUAAAGUUUCCAUCAGGCGGUGAAGAUAAUUGUAUAUCCAUUGCGGGUAAAGUUUAUCUUUUCGAUAAAGUAUUCAAGCCAAAUGCAACACAAGAGAAAGUGUACAAUGAAGCAGCUAAAAGCAUUGUAUCAGACGUGCUUGCCGGCUACAAUGGUACCAUCUUUGCUUAUGGACAAACCUCUUCGGGUAAAACACAUACUAUGGAAGGUGUCUUAGGUGAUGUACAAAAACAAGGUAUCAUUCCUAGAAUUGUGAACGAUAUAUUCAAUCACAUCUAUGGUAUGGAGGAAAAUUUAGAAUUCCAUAUUAAAGUAUCCUACUUUGAGAUAUAUAUGGAUAAAAUUAGGGAUUUACUAGAUGUUUCUAAAGUAAACUUAAGCGUUCAUGAAGAUAAAAACAGAGUUCCUUAUGUAAAAGGAGCAACAGAACGAUUUGUUGCCAGUCCAGAGGAAGUUUUCGAAGCUAUUUCCGAUGGAAAAUCCAAUAGACAUAUAGCUGUAACAAAUAUGAAUGAACAUUCUUCUAGAUCACAUUCAGUAUUUCUCAUAAACGUAAAACAGGAAAACCUAGAGAAUCAAAAAAAAUUAUCAGGUAAACUUUACUUGGUGGAUCUUGCUGGUUCUGAAAAAGUAUCGAAGACAGGAGCAGAAGGUACUGUAUUGGACGAAGCUAAGAAUAUUAACAAAUCUCUUUCUGCUCUUGGAAAUGUGAUAAGUGCUCUGGCUGAUGGAAACAAAACUCACAUACCCUAUCGUGACUCCAAAUUGACCAGAAUCCUUCAAGAAUCCCUUGGUGGUAACGCAAGAACAACCAUCGUAAUUUGUUGUUCUCCUGCUAGUUUUAAUGAAGCUGAAACGAAAUCUACCCUUGAAUUCGGUAAAAGGGCCAAGACUGUCAAGAACGUUGUAUGUGUGAAUGAAGAACUAACUGCUGAAGAAUGGAAGCGUAGAUACGAGAAAGAAAAAGAAAAGGCUGCUCGACUUAAAGGCAUUUGUGAGAAGCUUGAGAAUGAACUCAGCCUUUGGAGAUCUGGUGAGACAGUUAGAGUUGAAGAUCAAGUCAAUGCAAAUGAUCCAUCUGAAGCUGCUACUCCUGUAUCUGUGAUGGAAGAGAGCACAGUAACAGAGACAGCUGGACCAGUACCCGCCACACCAGCUCUUAUGAUUGGUUCAACUCUUGGAAUUGAAGAGAGACAAAAAUUGGAGCUCGAACGUGAGAGGCUUUAUCAACAACUUGAUGAGAAAGAUGAGGAAAUCAACCAGCAGAGUCAAUUCGUUGAAAAACUUAAGGAACAAAUCGUAGAGCAAGACGAGUUAAUUGCAAGUACCAGAAGAGAUUAUGAAGCCUUACAGUUGGAAAUGAACAGAAUCCAACAAGAGAACGAAAGCGCCAAAGAUGAGGUGAAAGAAGUUCUCCAAGCUUUGGAAGAAUUGGCUGUUAACUACGAUCAGAAGAGCCAAGAAGUGGACUCUAAGAAUAAAGAGGUUGAAUCUCUUUCUGAAGAACUCAUGCAAAAACAAUCUUCCUUGAACAAUACUACAACAGAACUCCAACAGUUGAAGGAUUUGAGUAACCAUCAAAAGAAGAGAUUGUCAGAAAUGUUCGCCAAUAUUCUUAAAGAGCUAAGUGAAAUUGGUUCAUCUGUUGGUGGUGACGUGGCUGACCUCAAAAUUUCAACUGAACCAACCAAGUUAGAAGAAGAAUUCACUGUUGCAAGGUUAUACAUUACAAGAAUGAAAAACGAAGUUACAAACCUGAUACAGAGAUUGCAAAACAUCGAGAAUAAGGAACAAGAUAGUAAUAAAAAAGUUACCGAAUAUGAAAAGGAAUUGGGUGAAUGUAAAUUGCUGAUUUCUCAACACGAAGCCAGAAUGAAGAGCUUGCAGGAAUCGAUGAGGGAGUCUGAAAAUAAGAAGAGAAUGUUGGAAGAAAACAUUGAUGCUCUGAGGGAAGAAUGUGCUAAACUGAAAGCUGCCGAACAGGUUUCUAGCGCUUCUGAAAACGAGAAAAAAGAGGCUAAUGAACUCAGAUUAGCUCUUGAACAGCAAAUGGAUCAGCUGAGAAUAGCACAUCAGAAACAAGUAGCUACAUUAAGAGAUGAAAUUGCCGAGAAGCAACAACACUUGAAUGAUAUCAAAGACUCCAAUCAGAAACUCACCCUUGCCCAGCAGCAACUUCAAGCCGAGUACGACAGGCUCAAAACCGAAGAAACCGAUAAAUCUCAGAAACUGCAGGAACUCAUCACCACUAAUGAGAGGCGAGAACAGGCACGUAAGGACCUGAAGGGCCUUGAAGAUACUGUUUCGAAGGAACUACAGACUUUGCACAAUUUACGGAAGCUCUUUGUACAAGACCUGCAGGCUAGAAUGAAGAAGAACCUUACAUCAGAAGACAAUGAAGAAGAUGGUGGAUCAUUAGCUCAAAAACAGAAGAUAUCAUUCCUUGAAAACAACUUGGACCAACUUACCAAAGUCCACAAACAAUUGGUGCGGGAUAAUGCUGAUCUUCGUUGCGAGUUACCCAAACUAGAGAAACGCCUUCGAGCUACAAUGGAACGCGUGAAAGCUCUAGAAACUGCCCUGAAGGAAGCUAAAGAAGGAGCAAUGAGAGAUAGAAAGAGGUAUCAGUACGAAGUUGAUCGCAUAAAAGAAGCUGUUAGACAGAAGAAUUUGGCAAGGAGAGGUCCAGCUGCAACUAUAGCCAAGCCCAUCAGAUCUGGCCAACAUUGCAUCAGUGGAAGCAAUGUCAUCCGUACAGGCAGCAAUCAGAGCUUUAAUAAGAGUAUUGAUGAGUCACAGAAGCGCAAGUCGCUUAUAGUAGGAGAGAGGGAUUAAUAUCUUCACUUCUACAUUGAUUGAAGAAUAUCAUCUCUUAAACAUCAUACACCAAAAAUAUUCGUGCGAUGAAUAUGAACUUGCUUAAUAUUGAAUUGACUCGGCAAGUUUAAAAAACAGUAAUCUAUGUGCUUAACUUGCUUAGAAAUAAAUUAAGGUGCACUUUAUAGAAAAUAAAUAUAACGAACUGUUCCAGACAAAAAAAAUCCCAACCAAAAAUUUUGUUGGUUUGAGGAUAUUUUCUGCAUAAUUUGGUAAGGCAAUAGAUUGCAUUCUCAUAAUGAAAAGAUGGGCAUUUUUAAAGGAACAUUUCGUUGUUUUACCAUCUUGAAUUUUUCAGCCUAGGGUGCUGCAGAGUUAUAUCCAAUUGAGUGUUUUAAAUCACAGCAUAUAAUGCCUAAUUGUAAUUCUUUGGUUAGCAUGUGGUAUUUCCAAAUGUGCAUUAUUAUUCCAAAAACAGUGUUGAUGUUCCAUUACUGUGCAAUGAUAUAUAACAUUUUGACAAUGCUUUUGUAUUUGCUUUCUUCGAAAGUACUGAGUUAUAUUGGUAUUCAGUAAAUUGAAUUUUCAUCUUUAAAUACUCCCUUUACAAUAUGAAAACAACGACAGAAUAUUUUGUAUUUUUGAUUAGGAACCAAUAUUUUUCAGUACCUAGGUGAAAAACUGAAUUAUCUGCUUUUGUAAAUUACAAAAUUUGUAGAAAUAUUCCCAGGAUCAUAAUUUAAUUAUUGAAUUUUUUAUAGAAUUGAAUAGCACAUUUAUAAUUUUUUAUUUGAUAGUGACAUUCGGCUUAGUGAUCACUUUUAAGGAAUUGAAAUUUUUAUUAUAUAUCAGUCUAUUUGAUUAUAAAUUUAUACAUAUUCAGUCAAAUUUUAAUUAGGUUGGUUUUUCAACAUGUUUUCAAGAAAGAGAACUGGUUUGACUGGAUUAAACACAAGUUUCUCUUGCAAUUGAUCUUAUAUAUUAUUAAGUUGAUAUUUUUUUCGGUGUAGUAAAGGGUCCAUAAGAAGUGAUUCAGUAAAAAUUUUGACAGACAAAAAAAAAUUUUUGAACAAGGUAGCUUCUUCUGAGUACUAUUACUCAACUUUGUCCUUUUCAGGAUCCCUUAUUAUACAUUUAAUUCAAACUAAACAUGGUCAUUUCUGUGAGACAUGCACAACCUAUCUUAGUUUGAAGAAGCAUUUAGUAAAAUCCCCAAUUUUCUUCCUUAUUAAUUUAUUAUAUGUUCCAAUUCGUUAUGUAGAUAAUUGUCUUUUUCAAAGAAGAGAAAAAAUUUUCAUAGCUGUAACAAAAUAUUUUUAGUGGAUGCUUUAAGUCAAAACAGUUUAUUUAUUUGAUUCAUGGAUACUAUAUUCUAAUAAACUAAAUGAAAGGAAUUUAAGUA